AUGGUGUUGGGACUGGGAGGAUGCUGCAGUGGUGUCGCCGUCGCCGCGGUGUCGCCUGCUGCCGGCCGGAAGCAAUCGGAGUCAGGAGGUGGAGCAGGUUACCCAGAAGCUAAGCAGCAGCAGCAGCGGGUGGCAGGAAAGGAGGAGACCGCCGCCGCCGCCGCCGCAGCAGCAGGCAAGGAGAGGAAGAAGAGGGAUCGUGAGAAGGCUCCCGUAGUUGUGAUGCAUCAGUUCCCCUUCCACUCGCGCCCCGGCUUGCUCUGA